GCGCGUAAUUAUCGCGAAGGCUGGAGAUGGAGAGGGAAGCCAUGCGUGCCGACUUUGUGCCGACGAGCGGACUCGCAUCCACGUGUCUUUGUCGCCCGACAAACUCGGAUCGGCGGAAUGACCGGAGCUCGGCGUUCUCAAAUAUAUAAAGUGUCGGCCUCGGCGUCGCCCCCAAAGUGACUAACGAUUAGUGGGGAAUCGGUCAACGCGAUCAAGCGCGAUUGACAUCUCUCGCGAGCCGGAAUACAAGGGAAGCAAAGUGCACCCCGAUAAGACGCGGCGGGAAAAUGGCGGCCGCCGAAAUCGCAAUGGCCGACGCCGGGAAAAACGCGACGAGUGAAAAUGAAACCCCGAAUAAAAGCGAGCUUCCGGAAGUGAUGGUGGUCCAGGAAACUAAGAAAAAGGAGAUCGUCGUCACGGUGGACACGACCGAUAAAAGGACUCGUCGAUCCCCUGGGAUGGCUGACACUUAUGCCGCGAAGAAGACGGUGGCGCAGGGCAUGAUGGACGUCGCCCUUAUCACGGCGAACGCGAAUCAGCUACGGUACCUGAUUGAGUACCAGAGCAUGAGUCCGACGUUCUACAUGAAUGUUGCCCUCAUCUCCAUAAGCCUUCUACUUCAGAUAGCCGUAGGGGUUAGUCUAAUUUUCAAAGGACGCUUUGAUAUGAGAGGGGAAUCGCAUUCUCUCAAUGCCAGAAGGAUUAACAACUACGUCGUGGUCGGGGUUUUCCUGGUCACCAUCAUCAACGUCUUUGUUGCAGCAUUUAGUAUAAAUGUGGGCGUACCUUACCCACCGCCUACCGAGAAAGUUGUGACGGACCGAUUAUAAUUAUUUUCAUCGCAUACCCUUUUUAUUAAGAACUUUUACGUUCUAGAUUGGACACUAAGUAACGUCAUAACGUGCUGCUUUCCUUGUUAUCUCAAACUUAUCGAUCUGAUCCUAAAUUAAAGAAAAAAGCUCAUAUUCAUGCAAAGAAUGAUAUGUGAAGAUAUUUAUCUAGAAUAAGUUUGUAUGUAAUUCUGAAACGUUGAACUGACUUGUUUAGAAGAGUAAGUCCUCAGUUUUUUUUUUUAUAGAAUACAUUUAUAUAUAAUCUAUA